CAGAGUGUUCCCUCCCCUGGAGGCUCUGUCGGUGGAGCACAUGGUCAGGGUGCCCUGGAUAGGUGAAGAUGGUGGUCUUGCACUUUUAUUGCCCCUUCCCGGGGUCUGAUGAUUUGCUGCGCUUGUCUGGGUUGGAGAAGAAUCAGAGCGUGCAGAGGGAGCUGUGCUACAACGUCAGCUGGCUGGGUGACUCUCCACCCACCUCUGGGCAGACAGACACCCUGCGAUGGCUCUUUAGCUGCCCCUUUGACCCCCAGAGCAUUUCGGAUACAACUUUCCUUCACCCUGAACCAUCAGACCUGCUGGUGGAGGUCGGACCUAGGUUGAAUUUCUCCACAGCGUUUUCCACCAACGCCGUGUCCAUCUGUCGUUCCAUUGGCCUGACCAACAUCGACAGGAUAGAAUGUUCCAAGCGAUAUCUGAUGAAGUUUCAGAGAGAGCUGGAGGAUGGAGAGAAGCAGAAACUGACGUCUUCUCUAUAUGACCGCAUGACUGAAUGCAUCUACCCCGAACCGGUGAGAAGCUUUGAGAUCUCUGUCCGGCCUGAGAAGGUGUAUGAGGUGGACGUGAUGGGACAAGGGAGGGCGGCACUUGAAACGGCAAACACAGAGUUAGGUCUUGCUUUCGACUCAUGGGACCUGGAUUAUUACACCGCUCUUUUCCAGCGCGUGGGCCGCAAUCCGAGCAGCGUUGAGUGCUUUGACUUGGCGCAGUCUAACAGUGAACACAGCCGCCAUUGGUUCUUCAAGGGCAGGCUUCUAGUGGAUGGGCAGGAGAAGCCACACUCGCUCUUUGACCUGAUCAUGAAGACGCAGGACACCAGUAACCAGAACAACGUCAUCAAGUUCUGUGACAACAGCAGUGCAAUCCAGGGGAAGGAAGUGACCAGCCUGAUUCCUACUGAUCCCUCCUGUCCUGGACCCUACAAACUGACAAGCUCCACCCGGCACCUCAUCUUCACCGCCGAGACCCAUAACUUCCCUACAGGCGUAGCACCGUUUAGUGGUGCCACUACUGGCACAGGUGGUCGUAUUCGGGAUGUACAGAGCACCGGGAAGGGAGCCCAUGUCAUAGCAGGCACUGCUGGCUACUGUUUUGGAAAUCUUCACAUUCCAGGAUAUUCUCUUCCAUGGGAGGACGCUUCUUACAAAUAUCCCGUCCAGUUUGCCCGGCCUUUGGAGGUAGCCAUCGAAGCCAGUAAUGGAGCCUCAGAUUAUGGCAACAAGUUUGGAGAGCCGGUGCUGGCAGGAUUCGCUCGUUCAUUCGGCCUUCGCCUGCCCUCCGGGGAGAGAAGGGAGUGGGUGAAGCCCAUCAUGUUCAGCGGAGGUAUUGGAUCUAUGGAAGACAUUCAUCGGACCAAAGAGGCUCCAGAACCAGACAUGCACGUUGUGAAGAUUGGGGGUCCCAUCUAUCGGAUUGGAGUGGGUGGAGGGGCUGCUUCUUCUAUUCAAGUUCAGGGGGACAACGCCAGUGAACUGGACUUUGGAGCAGUGCAACGAGGGGAUGCAGAGAUGGAGCAGAGGAUGAACAGAGCCGUGCGUGCCUGUGUGGAGCGAGGGGGCCGGAAUCCGAUCUGUAGUAUUCACGACCAGGGGGCUGGUGGGAACGGUAAUGUACUUAAGGAGCUGAGUGAGCCUCAAGGUGCCGUCAUUUAUACGAAGAACUUUCAGUUAGGAGACCCCACAUUGAGCGUCCUGGAGAUUUGGGGGGCAGAGUACCAGGAAUCCAACGCUUUGCUCAUCCGUCCAAAAGAUGCAGAUUUCCUGCGCUCAGUGUGUCGAAGAGAGAGGUCUCCGGUGGACUUUGUGGGUAAAAUCACAGGAGAUGGCCGGAUUGUGUUAGUGAAUGGGAGCGAGAACGAUCCCGAUCCUGAUCGCAGUGACCGAAAUCGUGUCCCAGUGGAUCUGGAGCUGGAGUGGGUCCUGGGGAAGAUGCCUCAUAAGGAAUUUAAGUUGAAUCGAGUUACUCCCGAACUCAAGACGUUGACCCUUCCCAAAAAUCUCAGCAUCAGGCAAGCCCUGGAACGCGUCCUGAGACUACCGUCUGUGGCGAGCAAACGAUACCUGACCAACAAGGUGGAUCGCUCGGUCACCGGUCUUGUGGCCCAGCAGCAGUGUGUGGGGCCGCUUCACACCCCCUUGGCUGACGUAGCUGUCAUCUCGCUGUCCUACACGGAUACUGUAGGUGGAGCUACGGCUAUCGGGGAGCAGCCAAUUAAAGGUCUCUUGGAUCCGGCAGCAGGUGCCCGGAUGGCAGUGGGCGAAGCUCUUACUAACCUGGUGUUUGCCUUAGUGACCGACCUGAAGGAUGUGAAGUGCAGCGGUAACUGGAUGUGGGCGGCCAAACUUCCCGGUGAAGGUGCCGCGCUGUACGAUGCAUGUGUGGCCAUGUGUGAUGUCAUGGCGCAGGUCGGUAUUGCUGUGGAUGGAGGGAAGGACUCGCUCAGCAUGGCCGCAAGAGUCGAGGCGGAGACUGUGAAGGCCCCAGGGUCUCUGGUCAUCUCCGUGUACGCUGUGUGCCCCGAUAUCACGGCCACCAUCACACCAGACCUGAAGAACCCUGGAGAGAAGGGCGUCCUCCUCUAUGUUCCCCUCAACCCCAGGAAGCAUCGUCUGGGUGGCAGCGCUUUGGCUCAGUGCUAUUCACAGCUCGGACAGCACCCCCCUGACCUGGAUGACCCCCAGACCUUGGUCUCCUGCUUCAGGGUCACUCAGCAGCUCCUCAAAGAGCGUGCGCUGAGCGCGGGGCACGACGUGAGUGACGGCGGUCUCAUUACUUGUCUCCUGGAGAUGGCGUUCGCUGGGAACUGCGGGCUGGACGUGGAGCUUUCCUCCCCGUACGUCAGUGCUCUGGAUCUGCUCUUCUCCGAGGAGUUGGGGCUCGUUCUAGAAGUCCCCGAGACAUCACAUGAGCGGGUUAUAGAGCGGUAUCGGGCAUCGGGGCUCCAGUGCAUGAGACUAGGACGUACCCAGGGAAGGGGCCCCGCCUCUGUGGUCCGAGUUUGUGUAAAUGAGGAGGAGGUUCUGUGCGAUGAAGUAGGGAGGCUGCGCGCGCUGUGGGAGGAGACAAGCUUCCACCUGGAACGGCUGCAGGCCAGCCCAAGCUGUGUGUCACUGGAGGAGGCGGGGCUUCUUAAGAGGGAGGGGCCUAACUACCAGCUGACCUUCAACCCGUCUGAGAAGCCUCCUCUGCCGGCUCUGAUAGGUUCCGCCCAGCCGCGGGUCGCUGUGGUGCGGGAAGAGGGCAGUAAUGGCGACAGAGAGAUGGCGGCUGCGCUGCUGAUGGUCGGGUUUGAGGUCUGGGAUGUUACCAUGGAAGAUCUCCUGACCGGAGGAACCGCCCUGGACGUCUUCAGGGGCCUAAUAUUUGUGGGAGGAUUCAGCUAUGCAGAUGUCCUGGGCUCCGCGAAAGGUUGGGCAGCGUCUGUAAAGUUUAACGCUGGAGUUCGUGAACAGUUCGAAACUUUCCGCUGUCGCUCUGACACCUUCAGCCUGGGGAUCUGUAAUGGAUGCCAGUUGAUGGCGCUCCUGGGUUGGGUAGGAGCGGAGGACCCACCAGGUGAGCUAUCCCGAGGUCAGUUGUUUGGAUGCAUCUAUUUAGUGUCUCCAUUCUUACUACUUUUCUAUCCUGCAGGAGAAUGUCCCACACAAGGAGUUCUUCUGAGCCACAACCUCUCAGGAAGGUUUGAAUCUCGCUUUGUCACGGUGAAAAUUGAGGAAAGUCCAUGUGUUCUGCUGCAGGGGAUGGCCGGGUCAUCGUUUGGGGUGUGGGUGGCCCAUGGAGAAGGUCUGAUGAGAUUCCGGUCUGAGAAGGUUCGUGAUCACGUGACCUCCCAUCGUCUGGCCCCCCUGCGCUACGUGAAUGACCAUAAUGUUCCCACUGAGGAGUACCCCAUGAAUCCUAACGGUUCCCCUCUAGGGAUUGCCGGACUUUGCUCGGAGGAUGGACGCCAUCUGGCGAUGAUGCCGCACCCGGAGCGUUGUGUCCUGAAGUGGCAGUGGCCCUGGAUGCCUGAGGACUGGAGGAUGACUAUGGGUGUGUCCCCAUGGAUGCGUCUCUUUCAGAAUAGUUACAGCUGGUGCCUGAAGAGCGCGCUGCGGGAAUGAUCAGCUGAGGGUGGAGCGGGAUCUGCAGCCGCAGAAUCGCUGCUUAUUCAGAUUAUCACCGUAGAUGUAUUGUCCUCUCUCCACAUUGCAUCUGAUGUAGAGUAACCGUUUAACCCCCAGGAAAAGGUCACUUAAUGUUUCCAGGCUUAGAGACGUUCUAGAAUGUGAUACGUUCCAGAGAAUCUCAUGUUAUUGCUGUUGUACCCUCUCUCCACCACUAGAGGGCAGGUCCGCAGUCUGAGCUACACGGGAGCAGGUUCCACCUUGUAUAUUGGGGGUUUAUGGCUUAGCUCAUUGUCUGGGGGAGGAGAUGGGCCGGAGGAACAAUUUAGUCAAUUCUUAUAUCACAGGGCAGGGACCUUGACAGCACGGGUAAGAUUUAGA